AUGGGAGACUUGGACAAGGGAAUAAAGGAACCCCAGGAGCAAAUGGGAGAGUUGGACAAGGGAAUAAAGCAACUCCAGGAGCAAAUGGGAGACUUGGACAAGGGAAUAAAGCAACUCCAGGAGCAAAUGGGGGACUUGGAAAAGAGAAUAAAGGAACCCCAGGAGCAAAUGGGAGAGUUGGACAAGGGAAUAAAGCAACUCCAGGAGCAAAUGGGAGACUUGGACAAGGGAAUAAAGGAACCCCAGGAGCAAAUGGGAGAGUUGGACAAGGGAAUAAAGCAACUCCAGGAGCAAAUGGGGGACUUGGAAAAGAGAAUAAAGGAACCCCAGGAGCAAAUGGGAGAGUUGGACAAGGGAAUAAAGCAACUCCAGGAGCAAAUGGGGGACUUGGAAAAGAGAAUAAAGGAACCCCAGGAGCAAAUGGGAGAGUUGGACAAGGGAAUAAAGCAACUCCAGGAGCAAAUGGGGGACUUGGAAAAGAGAAUAAAGGAACCCCAGGAGCAAAUGGGGGACUUGGAAAAGAGUAUAAAGGAACCGCAGGAGCAAAUGGGAGACGUGGAAAAGAUAAUAAAUGAAAUGAAGAAGGAAUUCGAAUGGAGAAUGGUUCGGAACAAUUCAGAUGACAUCACUCUUCAUGGAGUCACGGCCCACCCCAACAUCUCCAUUUCUGGGGAUAAAAAGAGUUUUACACAUGAAGCCCAACCUCAAAAAGUUCCAUCAGAUCCAGAGAGGUUUGAUUCAACCGUCUGUGUGUUGGGCUCUGAAGGAUUCUCCUCUGGAAAGCACUACUGGGAGGUGGAGGUUGUGAGCAGCACUGACUGGGACCUGGGAGUGGCCAGAAAAUCAAUACAGAGAAAAGGAAAACUUUCCUUGUCCCCUAAAAAGGGAUUCUGGGCUCUGGGUCUGAGUGGGAGAGAUUAUUGGGCAAAAACAGACCCAUGGACCCGGGUCACAGUGCAGAAAAAGCCCAAGAAAAUUGGAGUUUACCUUAGUUACCAUGAGGGGCGGGUGACCUUUUUCAAUGUAACUGACAUGUCUGUGUUGUUCACAUUUAAUGAUUGUUCAUUCUCAGGAGAGGUUUAUCCAUUCUUUAAAAAUUCCCACAAAGAAACAACAAUGAGAAUUUGUUCAAUUAAAGAGGAAUAA